AUGGCUCACUGUUUCUUUCUGCAGACACGAGGCCCUAAGAUUCAGUACCAAGUUCACAAGCGGGUGCGAGCAGAGUCCCUCGUGCGAUUGAGCUUGCAGCUCAACCUCCUGGAUUCUUGCGAGGCUCGGCUUCGCACUGCGGCGCCACGAGAAACUGGGAUCGAGCUUGCCCUUGGUACCGAAGUGCACUCGGGCUGGGUGCACCGCAAGGACCCGCCAGCAGGCGCCGUCCUUCCCCCGCUAUAUUCGGAGUACCACGCUGCAGAGCUCCAACUUCCCCAACACAAUUGGAGCAAAACACAGCCAGACUGGGAAGACAGGUUCUUCUUCGUUGCGGGGCACACAUCGGGGUUGGGGUGGGGCAACGCGCUCCAAGAGCACUUGUUGAAUGCAUACUUGGCGUAUCAGUCCGGAAGAACCCUUGUCUUUGACAACUACACGUGGAGCGACGAUGGGUCGCUGUAUACAAAGUACAAAACCCGUUGGAUACCGUCCCAGAUACCUUACACCGCGCUUGUACGAGGUCCGGUCGUAGGAGGUUCGUUCCCAGACGGAGAACACACGGCGCCCGCGGUGGCACGCCAAUACUUUGAUUCCGUAUGCCAUCACAAAGUGGAAGAAGACAGCCUCAAGUUCUCCCAAGGUUCGCCUGGAGAGUUCACAGCGUCUACCUUGAUCGGAAGCUGGUCGCGGUCCCUGCGAGAAUCAGCUGAGGCCUGCAUCCAGACAACCAAAAAGUCGGGGCCUAUUUUCACUCAUCACCACGUCUUCGGCGUGCGAAACGCUCUCCUGGACGCAUGGCCAACGCUCUCUGCCUCCCCCAUCUUCUCACAAUUUGGCUGGUCACCUUUGGUCGAGCUUGCCUUCGAUUACAACCGCCACCUAUUCCUCCCGCCCUUUCUCGAGGAUGGCCUCCUCACCGGCAGUCCGUCAACGUCGAGCGCAGAGCGCUACAGCAUGAUCCCCGGCCUCAUGGUCGUCCACAUCAGGCGCGGCGACUACGAAGCGCAUUGCACCAACCUCGCUGAGCGAUCCGAAGACUUUGUCGGCGUCAACGCCUUCCCAUCCAUGCCCGACCACUUCACCGUCCCGCCACACCACCAGCCGCCCGGGCGCAACGUCAAAGUCCCCGCGGAGACGAUCGAGCACUACCGCCGCCGGUGCUACCCGACCGUGCCAGAGAUCGUGCACAAGCUGCGCGAGGUGCGUCAGUCCGCCGCCGGGCACGACGCGUGGCGGCUGUUCAUCAUGACCAACGGCGACGCCGCGUUCAUCGGUGAGCUCAAGGACGCCGUCUGGCGCUCGGGGAUGGCAUGGGACGCGAUCGCGAGCAGCCGCGACCUCGCGCUGAGCCGCGGGCAGCGGUACAUCGCGCAGGCCGUCGACCAACUCAUCGCGCAGCGCGCGCAGGUGCUCGUCGGCAACGGAUUUUCUACGCUCACCUCGACGGCGGUGAUGAUGCGACUCGCGAACGGGUUCGACGCGCAGACGAACAGGUUCUGGUGA